AUGAAGCUCCUGGUCUUAAUCUCAACACUCGUGGCCACGUCAUUAGCCAUCCCUCAAGGUUACAACCUAGGUACACCUUCUGGACCAAGUUUUGGAAUUGGGGGUCCGGGCUCAGGAUUUGGCUCAGGAGGAUGCGGCCCCGGACAGGUGCUGCAUGUCGACGGCAGGUGCGUCACUCCACGCGUCAAUCGUAAAGUUUACUUAUAUGACGCGCCACCAGCACCACCAAUUUCUCACGGUCCUCCUCCUUACAUCCCUGAGCCAACCAUAGACACAAAUAUUGUGUUCAUCCGAACUCCUGAAGGAGGACAAGGACCAGAUCCCAUCAUCGUACCUCCUCCACAACAGAAACACGUCCUGUAUGUCCUCAACAAACAGACACAACAAGGACAGGAAGUGAUUGAAGUGCCAGCACCACCAGCAACCAGUCCUGAAGUUUACUUCGUGAACUACGCUGAUGGCGAAAACCCAGUUCUUCCCAGCGGUGUUGAUCUCCAGAGUGCCUUGAACGCAGCUUCCCAAGGAGGCGGUCAAGUGAUUGGUGUCGGUGGUGGUUUUGGAGGCAGCGGAGGUGUUGGCGGUGGGUUCGGAGGCAGCGGUGUUAGCGGUGGUUUGGGAGGCAGCGGAGGUGUUGGCGGUGGUUUUGGAGGCGGCAUUGUAGGUGGAUUCGGAGGUGGUGCUAUAAGCGGAGGUUUUGGAAGCGGUGGCGACAGUGGAGAAUUUAUCUCUGGUGGAUUUAUCACUGGAGGUGGUUUCGGUGGAGGUUCCAGCGUUGUUUCCACUCCAUCAAAUCUUUACACUACACCUUAGAGGUCUCCAUCUGAACAUCUUAAUAGUAUAUUUUUCUCAU